AUGAGCGCCAACAAAGAGGCGGCCGCGAAGCUUGACGACGAGCAGCUAGCCGAGCUGCGCGAGAUUUUCCGAUCGUUCGAUCGGAACAACGACGGCAGCCUGACGGAGCUGGAGCUCGGCUCGCUCCUGCGCUCGCUGGGGCUGAAGCCGAGCCCCGACCAGCUGGACGCGCUGAUCCAGAAGGCCGACACCAACAACAACGGGCUGGUCGAGUUCUCGGAGUUCGUGGCGCUGGUGGCGCCGGAGCUCCUGCCGGAGAAGUCUCCCUACACGGAGGAGCAGCUGAAGCAGCUCUUCAAGAUGUUCGACAGGGACGGCAACGGGUAUAUAACGGCGGCCGAGCUGGCUCACUCCAUGGCUCGGCUGGGCCACGCGCUAACUGCGGAGGAGUUGACCGGGAUGAUUAAGGAGGCCGACACUGAUGGUGAUGGGAGGAUCAGUUUUCAGGAGUUCUCACAGGCGAUUACUUCUGCAGCCUUUGAUAAUUCUUGGGCUUGA